AGCUCGAGUGUAACGUUCUAUAAUUCGCUAAUUUUCUCGAGUGCUACCAUAAUGAGGGGAAAGCAUAUUAGAAACAACGUGGUUUUUGCAUCUUCAGUUCAGUUUUGCCUUAAGACGACGCUAGUAAUUAUACAGGAGUUUUUAGCCUAAUCCGAUUCAAUCCAAUACCAUUCCCUUGUCUACGACUCAUUGUUAAUAAAUUACCUUUACCAUGGACUCGCCCGUUGCAAAUACUGCAGUUUUGACAGGAUCUAUGUCCGACAAAUCGUCCGUCCAAACAACCACCGAGAGUAAUCCCAAACAGUUCAAUGUCGAAGAGGUCACCAACAUCAUCAAGGAGACCGUUGAAGCUACAAUCACCGACACCGUGUACUCGCAUACCAAGGUGCCAGAAUGGAACUCCACUAUUGUUGACAAUUGUUUGAAGCGAUUAAAGGACAUGAACAGCAAUUUUAAAUAUGUUGUAACUUGCGUGAUCAUGCAAAAGAAUGGAGCUGGCUUCUAUGCUGGCAGUUCGGUGUAUUGGGAUAAUUCUCACGAUGGAAGCGCUAAUUAUCGAUUUGAAAACAAAUCCUUGUAUGCCAUCGUCAGUGUGUUUGGCUUGAGUAUCAACUGAGGUGACCAUUACGUGUGUUUUCAAUAAAGGCAGAAAAAAAAUAUCGUAAAAAUAAAAAAAACCUCGCUGCUGAGUUACUUUUGGAAGAAAAAAAAAGGCCGUCGAUCUCGCAAUUUUU